UCACUGGUAAAAGGGGUGAUCGACUAGCACUGUCAAUGUUCAGCGUUGUGUAUACAGAAAAAACCCUGGAUCGAUCAUAUGUGAGCAUUUGCUAUCGACGCCGUGCGAGUAGUGAGCACGCGCACACGCGCACACCCUCCCUCUCGCUCACUCUGCUUCUCUCUCUCGUACAGCCGGGCAGCGAGACCGAGGCAGCCCUGUGAGAGAAAAGGCGAGGAGGCGAGAGAAGGAAAAAUCGAGCGACCGAGAUGGCGAGCUUCACCAUGGGGCCGAGACCGCUGCUGGAACUCGCGUGGGUCUUCCUGGUCGUCCUCGCGACCCAAGUCCGAGGGCUAACCAGCGAUGAGGACCAGAGCCAGGACACCGAGUGCAAGAUGAAGAGCGUCACCGUGUCGGCGCUGCCGUUUCUGAGGGAAAACGACUUGAGCAUCAUGCACAGUCCGUCGGCCUCCGAGCCCAAGCUGCUGUUCUCCGUCAGGAACGACUUUCCCGGGGACGUCGAGGUGGUGGACGACCUGGAGAACACCGAGCUGCCCUUCUUCGUCCUCGAGAUCUCUGGGAAUUCUGAGGACAUCCCUCUGGUGCGCUGGAGGCAGCAGUGGCUGGAGAACGGCACCCUGCUCUUCCAUAUCCACCACCAGGAUGGCAGCCUGAGCCUCCCAGAGCCCACCGGGGACCCGGCCAAUGACUCCACCAAGGAAGAGCUGCGCAUCCUGCACAUCUCUGUCAUGGGCGGGAUGAUCGCCCUUCUGCUGUCCAUCCUGUGCCUGGUCCUAAUUCUAUACACCCGCAGGCGCUGGUGUAAGCGCCGCCGCAUCCCCCAGCCCCAGAAGAGCGCCAGCGCAGAGGCAGCUAACGAGAUUCACUACAUCCCCUCGGUGCUGAUGGGAGGCCAGGCCCGGGAGAGCUUGAGGAACUCUCGGGGUCAGGGGCCGAACUCCAGUGGCACCCUCAGCAUCCGGGAGACACCGAUACUGGACGGGUACAAGUAUGAGUACGACAUAACAGACCUGCGCCACCACCUACAGCGGGAGUGUAUGAAUGGCGGGGAGGAGUUUGCCAGCCAAGUCACCCGUACACUGGACUCUCUGCAGGGCUGUAACGACAAGAAUAGUAUGGACCUCACACCGGUCAGCGACAACACCAAGCUGGCCCUGAUGAACAAGUACAAAGACAACAUCAUCGCCACGAGUCCCAUCGACAGCAACCACCAGCAGAACACCUUGCUGCCGCACAACACCUCCACCAGCCAACGUAAACGCCUCUCCAGCAACACUCGCGCGGGUUCAACGUUCUUGAACCCAGACGGGGACUCUGGGACAGAGGCAGACAGCGAGCCUCAGCUGGCCUUUUACACUGACCCAAACCGCAGCCGCCGCCGGAGUCGGGGUAUGAGGAACGGUAACGCCAACAGUGCGUGGGGCUCAGGGGCAGGGUCCCCGCGGAGCCCCAUCAAUAAGACCACCUUGACUUUGAUCAGCGUCAUCAGCUGCGUGAUCGGCCUGGUCUACUCCUCACACAUGUCCUGCAACCUCUCGGUGCGGGUGAUCCUGCAUGUGCCAGAGCACCUCAUCGCUGACGGAUCCAGGUUUAUUUUGCUCCAGGGGAGCCAGCUGGACGCCUCAGACUGGCUGAACCCAGCGCAGAUCUUGUUGUACUACCAGCAGAAUGCCAGUGGGCCCUGGGUCGGCGAGCUGUGCGGACGGCGUCUCUUGGAGCCGUGUGAGCACCAGUGUGACCCCGAGACAGGUGAAUGCCUUUGCCUCGACGGCUACAUGAAGGACCCGGUCCACAAGCACCUGUGCAUCCGCAGUGAGUGGGGGCCCAAUCAGGGUCCCUGGCCUUACACCAUCUUCCAGCGCGGUUUUGAUCUGGUGAUGGGAGAGCAGCCCUCUGAUCGCAUUUUCAGAUUCACAUACACCUUAGGAGAAGGGAUGUGGCUGCCGCUCAGCAAGAGCUUUGUCAUCCCGCCCGCCGAGCUGGCCAUCAACCCGUCGGCCAAGUGCAAGACGGACAUGACCGUCAUGGAGGACGCAGUGGACGUACGAGAGGAGCUGAUGAUCAGCUCGUCCUUUGACUCGUUGGAGGUCCUCCUUGACUCCUUCGGGCCCGUCAGAGACUGCACCAAAGACAACGGAGGCUGCAGCCGCAACUUCCGCUGCAUAUCAGACCGAAAGCUGGACUCCACCGGCUGCAUGUGUCCCCCCGGGUUGAGCCCUAUGAAGGAUGGGACCGGGUGCUACGACCACCACAUCGGCAUCGACUGCUCCGACGGGUUCAACGGAGGGUGCGAGCAGCUGUGUCUCCAGCAGCUGGCUCCACUAGAGGAUGACCCGACCCUGUACAACAUCCAGAUGUUCUGUGGAUGCAUCGAGGACUACAAGCGCGGCCCAGACGGGAGGUCGUGCCUGCCGCUCUCUGAGGCCUGCACUGAAGGGAUAGACUGCGCCGAGGUGGUGGACGUCCCUGCCAACCAGACUGUGUUCGGAGACCUAUUUUACGGAUACAACAACCACAGCAUGGAGAGCACCUCGGGACAGAUCCUCAAGGCCACAUUCAGGCAGAAGAACUUUGCCCGCGGCAUCGAGCAGCAGCUCCCAGAUGGCAUGGCGGUGGCAUCGGUGCCAACGGAGGUCCAGUGCCACGAGGAGCUGUCGGACCCCGUUCCCGACCCAGAGUACCUCACUGGUAUGGUGAACUACAGCGAGGUGUCCGGCUACCCGCUCGUGCAGCACUGGAGUCUGCGCUCGGUGCUCUACCACGUCAAACUCAAUCAGUGGGUCCUCUCUCAAGCCUUCAGCUCAGCCAUUCAUUCUCUGGAUGGGGCGACGCAGCGCAGCGACUUUGUCUCCAUCCUCAGGGAGUUUGGGAACCACUACGUGCAGGAGGCGAUGUACGGCUUCCAGGAGUCCUGCACCAUCUGGUACCCCAACAAACAGGUCCAGAGGCAGCUGUGGCUCGAGUACCAGGAUAUAAGCAAAGGUAACUCGCCCUCAGAGGAGUCCGAGGAGCGCGACAAGGAGCCCAGGACACUGACCUACCCCGCGUACAUCGCCAGUCUGCUGGACAUGGGCGCCAAGCGCAUGGCGGCCGGCGUCCGUAUGGACUGCAACAGCCAGGGCCAGUGCCCGCGCUCCUGCCACCUCUGCCACAUGAGCCCCAGGGUGGUGCAGGGGAGGCAGCGGUCCGAGCCCGUCCUGCUGCAGAUUACCAAGGCCGCGCCCAUCUACGAGCUGGUGUCCAACAACGAGACCUACCAGUCUCUACAGGAAGCGAUGAUGAGCAUGCUGUGGUGUUCGGGCAAGGGUGAUGUCAUCGAUGACUGGUGUCGGUGCGACUCCAGUGCUUUCGGCUCAGACGGACUGCCCACCUGCGCCCCUCUUCCCCAGCCCAAGCUGAAGCUGUCCUACACCUACGAGCCCAGCAGCUCACUGGUCAUAAUGGAGUGGAACCACACCGAGCCCCCGAUCGGCGUGCGGAUCGUGGAUUACCUCAUCAGCCAGGAGAAGGUGACAGAGAGGACCGACCACUCCAAAGUUGAGACAGAGACCCUAUUGAGCUUCGUGGACGACAUCCUGUCUGGGGCCAGGUCUCCAUGCGUGAUGUUAGGGGACAUCCCCAACCUGCUGUCCUCAUCAAUCAGCAUGAUCAUCCGCUGCCUGGAGCCUGAUGCCACAUAUAUGUUCCGGCUGUGGGCGGUAGACAACACAGGGCGCCGUUCCAAUCCAAGUGAGGUCACCAUCAAAACGCCGUGUCCAACUGUGGAUGACGUCAAAGCACAAGAAAUAGCCGACAAGAUCUACAACCUAUUCAAUGGCUACACCAGUGGGAAGGAGCAGCAGACGGCCUACAACACUCUGAUGGACCUGGGCGCUCCCACGCUGCACCGCGUGCUCUACCACUACAACCAGCGCUACGAGAGCUUUGGGGAAUUCACCUGGAGGUGUGAGGAUGAGCUGGGACCCAGGAAGGCCGGCCUCAUCCUCUCCCAGCUCAAUGACCUGUCUCCGUGGUGUAAAGGCCUCCUUCAGGAGCAGAAGAUCGGCCUCCGCAGGAUGUCCCUCAAGUUCCUGUCCUGCCGCUACACCGACACCAAGGCUUUCGGGUUGAACUGGUCCAACAUGGGCCAGGACGUGCACAAGGCCUGUGACGAGCAGACGCUCACCGUCAUGUACAACGACUACGGCGAGCCCAAGGAGCUGUGAAGUGAUUCCAGGUUUUCGGUUUGGAUGAGUAGGAAUGUGGGAGAGUCAUACCCAGCGAAUGAAAUGCAGGUUUUACGUUUGUUUGAGCUAUGUGCAUUGAUGGUGUCAUAAUCAAAUGACUUGAAAUGCCAACCGUUCUUUUUAGCUUCCCCACGUUAUUGGUAAAUGCAAUGAAACGAUGAGUCACAUGACCGUCCAAUACACAGCGGAUUGGUGGAUCCACAGCUCUUCGAGCUAUUCUGAAGUCCAUUCCUCACUCACUGUGAUUGAUGAUGAUGAUGAUUCAGUGGGUGCUUCGUGUUUUCCCUCGUCAUGACGUUUAGGAUCCAAAGGUACGACACCAGACCUUCUUGUGGUGGUCGGCCAGGACCUUACAUGGCCACGGCUGUCCUUUUUUACAAGAUUAGCUUUUGAAGUACGUCAAAUCUGUACUUGACGUUUAGUGCAAAAUGUUGCAAAGCAGCAAUUGACUGACCUCAAGCAGAAUGGAUCAGAAAUCAUUUCAGUAACCGAGACACCUUUUGCACCUCGUCGUGCCAAGAGAUUUUUGAUUUCUUGCAGAAUGACCGGAAAACAUCAAUCUUACUGCUCUGUUGACAUUAAAUGCAAUUAUCUUAAAAAAACGAGAACAAAACAUGCAUUUUAUUUCAUUGUAUUUCUUUGCUGACUCAAGAUGUUCUUUUUUUAACCUUUUUGUUGCAGUAACCUUACUUAUUAAAUACAACGUUUAGUCACGUCGUAAAAUGUAAAAAAUAAUCGCAUACAAAUUACUGAUGCAGGCCGAAAAAAUAUUAGCCAACUUCUAACUUGGUCGCUGUUUUGUGUUGAAGAGGAAAUGAAAAAAAAGAUUCAUCAUAGCUUCAGUUUUACCGAGACAUUCCCUCCAUCGGUCCACAUUUCUGGCAUUUAUCAGAAGUAACCACACACUGGGCUGAUGAAGGUGUCACAUGUAUCUCAGCUUUGCGAUGUUUUCACUUGUCAUUUUUACAUAUUUCCACAUGAAGUCGGCCUCAAAGUAGUACCCACAAGCCGGGUUUUGUCAUUCCAGCGGCUACAUGUUUUAGGAAAAGUCUUGUAGCGACAGAAACGUUUCUGUGAGAAAGGUGAGGCAGAGAAAAGAGAGAGAGCUAUAUCUAGAAUAACAAAUAUAUAGCCAGCUGGCGGUUAUUUUAGUAGCAUCGACCUUGUACAUAGCAUCGUCAUGAGGUUUUAGCGAUGUAUCCUGCUGAAUGUACUGUUGAAUGUUUGCCUCUGUAAACCAAGCUGUUCUAACGGAGAUAUACUGACGAGAUGAGUUCACUUUCUCUGCAUUUUAAAUAAAACCUGCCACAACAUUAGACCGUAUUUUCCUUCUUCACUCACAACCUUCAGAGAGGGACUUUCUGUAUUUAAACUACAAAUGUCUAAGAGGGUUUUUUUUACUUUUCAGACUCCACUCUAUUUUCCAAUGUUUUUUUGCUGUUAGAGGACAAUUUCUCUCCCCUAAAACAGCAGAAAUUCAGUUUUUUUUCACAAUCCUAUCAAUACAAUAGCAACCCUAAACGUUUGCACUUAUUAGUGGUCGUUUGUGAUCUCUACCUUAGGUGCGGUGGCAGUUUUAACGAUUAAUUUAAAGCGAGCAGAAAAAGAAAAAGCAGAAGAACCAACAUUUUUUACACAAAAACCUCUGAAAAUCGGGUCUAAUUUGAAAACUACCAAAGUUCUGCUUUAAUGUUUUAACUGCUUCUCUGUGUAUUAAAACUUAAUGCAAUACUGUCUUUCCAAUAAUAGUGCGCUUUUAUUGUUAAUAUGUUGUUGACUUUUGCAUGGCCUCUGUUAUUGUUAUUAUAGUAUCCUUGUGCAGUGGCCAUGUUUGGGCUUAAUGUUGAAGAAAUGCAAAUUGUACAUUCGCUGUUGGUUUUUAACAAAUCUUAUGUGAAUACUAAAAUGAACACUUGUAGAUUUUUGUAUAGGCAGCCGAGUAUUCAUGAAUACAUCACAUUAUAAGCGCAGUACAGUGUUUUUCUUCUGUAUUGAUGUGUAUUUUACAUUUCUUUGUUCUUCAGAAGACACAAUAUGGUCUUGUUAUAUCUGUUGUGUAGCGUAGCAGUUGGAUAAUUGAUUAAAGUUGUGACGUGAAGGGCAAAGGAAUUUUUCAAAGAAUUUCACUUGGACGUUCGAUGCAACAAGAAGGAGACCUUUAGGAAAUGUGAACCAACCAAUAUCUGCAUGAUAAUAUUUUGUCUAUAAUGUCUGUAGCGAUCAUAAACUUCACUUUUUCACAUUGAACUUUGCUAUUUCAAAGGACAAUAAAGAAAAUGUUACGAAA